UAUUGUGUCUGACUAAAUUUCGUCACCCAUUUAAUAUCAUCCCCACCCUCACCACCUCUUCCCUUCAUACAUAUUUGUGCUAUAUAUAGGUUAUACAUUCUUGCCUUAACUCAAACCUCAUCAAAGUGAGCGCCUCUAUGUGACUUGAAAGGAGUGCUAAAGAUAAUAAAAAAGUAGUCUAAAUCAGAAAUAUAGUAGUAAUGGCUCUUGAGGUUACGAAGCAACAGUCAGCAAGCUCAUCAUCUUGGUCAUUCUGCAACAUGAAAUGCUUACCAAUCAUACCUUCAAGAUUAUCAUCAUCAUCAAAGGAACAGCAGCAACAACAACAACAAAGGGAUGGCAAAGUCUUAUCAGAUUCAGAUACAAAGCAAAGAAAGCCUGGUGGUUGGAAGGCUAUGCCCUUCAUCUUAGGAAAUGAAACGUUUGAAAGGAUGGCAUCUUUUGGAUUGUUGGCGAACUUUAUGGUGUAUUUGACCAGAGAGCUUCACAUGAAUCAAGUUUCUGCAGCCAAUAUUCUUAACCUAUGGGCUGGUGUCUCAAAUUUUGCACCCUUGCUUGGUGCCUUCAUCUCUGAUUCCUAUGUGGGCCGCUUCAGGACUAUUGCUUUUGGAUCCUUCGCAUUAUUUUUAGGAAUGCUGACUGUGACUUUGACGGCCUGGCUGCCAGAGCUUCAUCCUCCCCAAUGCACCAAACAAGUGCAAAAAUUGGGUCAAUGCAUAGGUCCAACCAAAGCUCAACUGGGUAUUCUAAUAAUGGGUCUUGGCUUUUUGUCCAUAGGCUCAGGUGGGGUUAGGCCAUGUAGCAUUCCUUUUGGUGUGGACCAGUUUGAUCCAACUUCUGAUGAAGGAAGAAAAGGAAUCAACAGCUUCUUCAAUUGGUACUACACCACAUUCACGGUGAUCUUGUUGUUCACUCAAACUGUUGUGGUUUAUAUCCAAGACUCUGUUAGCUGGGUCAUUGGCUUUGGCAUGCCAACCUUGUGCAUGUUAUUCUCAAUCAUAUUAUUCUUCAUUGGAACAAAGAUUUAUGUGCAUGUCAAAGCAGAAGGAAGCCCACUUUCUGGCAUUUUUCAAGUUCUUUCUGCAGCUUAUAAGAAGCGUGGGAUUAAGCUUCCAUUGGACAGUGAAGUAGGUCCAAUCUUUUAUGAUCCUCCACUGAAGGGGAUUGUAUUGACAAAGCUUCCUCUCACCAACAAUUAUAGAUUCUUAAACAAAGCUGCAAUGGUAUUAGAAGAGGAUGAACUAAAGCCCGAUGGGACUUGUGUGAAUCCAUGGAGGCUCUGCGCCAUACAGCAGGUCGAAGAGGUCAAAUGCUUGAUUAGAAUCAUCCCAAUUUGGUCUGCUGGAAUCAUUAGCCUCAUUUCAAUGACACAACAAGGAACAUUCACUGUGUCACAAGCCCUUAAAAUGGAUCGUCACCUUGGACCACACUUCCAAAUCCCAGCAGGCUCAAUGGGAAUCAUAUCAUUCAUCACAAUAGGGCUAUGGCUCCCAUUCUAUGAUCGAUUCCUAAUACCAGCCCUUAGAAAAAUCACAAAACAUGAAGGUGGAAUCACACUUCUCCAAAGAAUGGGAAUUGGGAUUGUGUUUUCAAUUCUAUCAAUGGUUGUAGCUGGAUUGAUUGAAAGGGUGAGAAGGGCCUCAGCUAUGUUGCACCCACAACCCUUAGGGGUUGCACCAAUGUCAGUCAUGUGGCUAGCACCACAGCUUAUUUUGAUGGGGUUUUGCGAGGCUUUCAAUAUCAUUGGACAGAUUGAAUUCUUCAACAGGCAGUUUCCUGAGCACAUGAGAAGCAUUGGGAAUUCACUUUUUUCUUGUUCCUUUGCUGGAGCUAGCUACCUGAGUAGCAUUUUGAUCACCAUUGUUCAUCAUGCCACCAGAACGAAAAGCAGGCCUGAUUGGUUGACCAAUGAUAUUAACGCUGGAAGACUGGAUUAUUACUACUUCGUUAUUGCAGGGAUGGGAGUCCUGAAUUUGAUAUAUUUUGUAUACUGUGCUAAAAAUUAUAGUUAUAGGGGCAGUUUGCAAAAGGAAGAUGAGCCUUAUGUGGAUGUGGAACUUAGUUCGAUCAAAGCCUGAAUGUGAUCUCCUAAGUUUUACGUACGUAGCUUUAUUAUGAGUUUUCUUAAACUCUUUUACUUGUAAUCUAAGCUUGUAAUUAGUACAUAAUUAAUAAAGGUGAUAUUAAUGUUGGACUUACAUAAAA